AUGAAGUUUGGAAAAGAAUUUACAGCACAAAUGGUGCCAGAAUGGCAAGAAGCAUACAUGGAUUAUGGUUAUCUAAAAGCUCUUUUGAAAGAAAUCCUACACAAGAAGCAAAGAAACAGGCCACACCCCAAUGGCACAACUGUUAACCCUGGAGGUCUUAAACGAAAGCUUUCACUUUAUAGAGCUUUCAGUGGUCUCACACAGAAACACUACCAACCCUUGAGUCCCUCUGAACAUGACAUUGACCACCAACCCAUUUUGGUGAACUCAGUGGUGAAAGAUGGUUAUGAAAAAUAUGAAACUACUUUUCUUAUGGCUGCAGAAGAAGGUGGAGAAUACGAGUUAAUGUACUUUAGGAGGCUAGAUGAUGAGUUUAACAAAGUGGACAAGUUCUAUAAGUCAAAAGUGGAAGAAGUAAUGAAGGAAGCAGUUGCAUUAGACAAGCAAAUGGAUGCCUUAAUAGCUUUCAGAAUAAAAGUUGAGAAUCCAACUGAGUCAUUUGAUUGCUCAGUUGAGAUGACUCAUCUGGCUUCAGAUGUUGCUGCUUCAACCACUGCAUUGUCUGCUUCUACACCCAGAGGAGUCAAACUAAACAGAAGAGUUUCCAUGGUAAUUGAAGAAAUCAAAGAGGAUAGCAGUACCCACCAUGGACAAUUAGAUGAUUCUGGCGAUGACAAAGGUGAUGAGAAUCAAACUACCAACAAAAGAAUUGAAGUACACAAGACAAAGAAGAAUUUUGAAGGCAUCAAACCAGCUCCCUUGGAAGUACUUAAUCGAGUGCAAUUGAAUAACACUUGUGAGACUCCUCGUUCAACUAUAAAAGGGUUUAUCCAAUCCCCAACAGAGUUAAAAUUCACUAAGGAAAAUUUGAGCAAAGUUGAAGAAAAACUUAAACGGGCUUUUGUUGAAUUCUAUUACAAGCUUCAACUUCUGAAGAAAUACAGCUUUCUAAACAUAUUGGCAUUUUCAAAGAUAAUGAAGAAAUAUGAUAAGAUCACAUCAAGAGGUGCAGCAAAAGCUUACAUGAAAAUGGUUGACAAGUCCAACCUUGGAAGCUCUGAUGAAGUCACUAGGCUUAUGGAGAGGGUGGAAAAAGUAUUCAUUAAGCACUUUUCCAACUCAAAUCGAAAUAAAGGAAUGAGCAUCCUGAGACCAAAAACAAAGAGAGAAAGGCAUAGGGUUACAUUUUCCAUGGGUUUCUUUGCUGGAUGUGCUGCAGCUCUAACCUUAGCCCUUAUUAUGAUCGUUCGAACCCAUAAAAUCAUGGAUCAUUCAGGAAGUAGCCAGUACAUGGAAAUCAUGUUUCCUCUUUACAGUUUGUUUGGAUUUGUAGUUCUACACAUGCUGAUGUAUGCUGCAAAUAUAUACUUCUGGAGGCGAUACAGAGUGAACCACUCAUUCAUAUUUGGUUUAAAGCAAGGCACUGAGUUAGGAUAUCAUCAAAUCCUUCACCUUAGUUUUGUCCUUGCAACAUUGGCACUAGCAAGUGUGCUUGCAAACCUAGACAUGCAAAUAGAUCCAGUGACAAAAGAUUACAAAGCAUUCACUGAACUUAUGCCACUGAUCCUGGUUCUUAUUGUGAUUGCUAUUUUAUUAUGCCCAUUAAACAUCAUAUAUCGAUCUAGCCGAAUGUACUUCCUCACAUGUCUGUUUCACUGCAUCUGUGCUCCUCUCUACAAGGUCACACUGCCAGAUUUUUUCUUGGUAGAUCAAUUUACUAGCCAGGGACAAGCCUUAAGAAGUUUUGUGUUCUACAUAUGCUACUAUGGUUGGGGUGACUUCAAACAACGACAAAGCACUUGCCAGUCAAGCAGGAUAUUCUUAACUUUUUCAUUCAUUGUUGUUGUGAUUCCAUUCUGGUCUCGUUUUCUUCAGUGCCUAAGGCGCAUGUUUGAGGAGAAAGAUACAAUGCAAGGAUAUAACGGGUUGAAAUAUUUCCUCACUAUUGCAGCUGUUUGCCUAAGAACAGCUUAUAGUCUUGAUGAGGCAAUUGGUUGGAAAGUGCUUGCUUGGGUGUUCUCAAUAUCUACAGCUAUUGUUUCCACCUAUUGGGACCUUGUCAUAGAUUGGGGCCUUCUACAAAGACAUUCCAAGAAUCGCUGGCUCAGAGAUAAACUCCUAAUCCCUCACAAAAGUGUAUAUUUCUCAGCUAUGGUGCUGAAUGUCUUGUUAAGGUUUGCAUGGUUACAGACAGUAUUGAAUUUUAAUUUUUCCUUUCUGCAUAAACAAGCCAUGGUCAGCAUUAUUGCCAGCUUAGAGAUCAUUCGUCGUGGCAUAUGGAACUUCUUUAGAGUGGAGAAUGAGCAUUUGAACAAUGUUGGCAAGUACCGUGCAUUCAAGUCUGUGCCACUACCCUUCAACUACGAUGAAGGUGAAGAUAAGGAUGAGUGA